ACUCUUGGAAAUGGGAUUCAGUGUCAGGUGGACCCACAGAAGCUAGAGAGCAUUUUCAUCUUCGUCAGGAUUCAAGAAUGAAACUGUACGGGUUCCUCAUCUUCUGCCUUGCUUUUCUGGCAGGUGCUCAAGGAGAUGACGAUCAGGAAGAGAAUAUAACCUGUGAUCCCAACGUCCACAUUAUUGGGGGCACGCUGACGAAAUCGAAUGGUAAUGCAUUGGACAGUGUUCUGAAGUUCCAGUGUCCAGAAUCAACCUACCCAUUCCCAGUGUCACACACAAAGUGCAUGAGGAGCGGGCAUUGGUUCAGGUCCUAUCAUAGACGCCACAAACCCACAUGCAAAGAGUUUCGAUGUCCAAUGCCUGUACUGGAAGGUGGAAUGUUCAGACCCCUGAGUGUUUCCUAUGCUAUCGGAGAAACUGUUACAUUCGAGUGCUAUGAUGGGUAUAUGCUUCAAGGCUCGGUUAGCAGGACCUGCUUGAAGAAUGGGCGAUGGAAUGGAACAAUGACCAGCUGUAAUUCCGGAUCACAACACUGCCCUCAUCCCGGGAUCCCGGCUGGAGGCAGGAAAUCCGGAUCGACUUACGUGAUCGGCAGCAAGGUGGAGUACGCUUGCAAUGACGGCCUGGUGUUGGUAGGAUCGAACAUAAGGCAAUGCCUAGAGUCGAGAGAGUGGAGCGGCAGGGAACCCAGCUGCCAGCACAAAAGCUCCUUUGACACUCCAGAAGAUGUAGCAUCAGCUUUCACAGCCUCUUUUACCAGCAUGCUGGGUCUAACUCAAACUGGAGAAGGAAAGCAGCCAGCAUCCACUGCCCGCAAAAUUAUCCUUGCAAAGGAUACACCGCUUCAUAUAUACAUCCUUCUAGAUGCUUCCGAAAGUGUUGGUGAGGCCAACUUCGAGAAAGCCAAAAAUGUCAUAAAGAACCUCAUUGACAAGAUUGCAAGUUUUGACGUUCGACCCAAGUUUGGAGUUGUAUCGUAUGCAUCGGAACCAAUAACAAUCUCUAACAUCAAUAUCCAAGAGACAGCCAACGCUGAUGAUGUCAUUUAUCAGUUAGAAAACGCAGAAGAGGCAAAGUAUGGAGUUCAUGCUGACAAGAGAGGCACCAACAUUCAUGCAGCAUUCAAGAAGGUGAUGGAAAUGAUGGUCCUCUCAAAGAUCAUUUAUAAGAAUUCCUGGGACGAGACAAGAUUUGUCACCAUAUUAUUUACAGAUGGGAAAUCGAACAUGGGAGGGGACCCCAGGACAGCGGUCAAAGAAAUAAAGGACUUUGUUAUUGCACAAAAUAAAUCACUGAUUGAUUAUCUUGACAUGUACUCUUUUGGAGUGUCAGACGAUGCCAAAAAGCCGGAACUGAAUGCACUAUCAUCUCAAAAACAUGACGAACAACAUUGCUUUACUGUUAAAAACACGUUGGAUCUGAUAAAAGCUUUUGAUAACAUAUUAGACCUUACCCAAAUUGGUGAUUUGUGUGGAGUCGCUGAUGAAAAUUUGGAGAAAUCCUUUAGGAGGAGACACCCCUGGCAUGUUCUCAUGGAAAUUCCGGGCAUCGGUAGUUGCAGUGGAGCCAUCGUGUCCCCACAGUGGGUCCUGACAGCUGCUCAUUGCUUGAAAGAUGUGCAGACUAAGUUGGACAUCGAAAAGAUUACGGUGCAAGUUGGUGAUAAAUUUCGCCUUAAUCGUGUGGAACAAGUGUACCCACAUCCACAGUACAAUCUAUCAGGGCUGCUCGAUGAGAAAAUCUCCCAAUUUUACGACUAUGAUGUGGCAUUGCUCAAACUGAAGAAAACAAUAAACUUUUCAGAAACAAACAGUCGAUCCAUCUGUUUACCAUGCACAAGAGAAACAACAAGAGCCAUCCGAAAACCAUUCCCAGGAACAAGCUGUCGUGACCACGACAGGGAGCUAUUACCAAAAACCAUGCCAGUCCCAGCCAUCUUUGUGAAGCGCGACAAGAGAUUGGAGUCAGAGGCCAUUGUCAAGAUUAAGACAUCUGAUGCUCUGAGAGAUGCCUGUGAGGCAAAUGCACUCCAUGCUGAAGAAUACAAACACGUUACUGAUGUGCGGAAGGUGGUAACAGACAGAUUCCUCUGCACUGGAGGACAAGAACCUACAGCUGAGGAGGUUUCCUGCAAAGGUGACUCGGGGGGUGCCUUAUAUGUGGAGAAAAAACGACGAUUCAUUCAGGUGGGCGUUGUAAGUUGGGGAGUUAUUAAUGUGUGCGAUACUGUGAACCCAGACAAGAGACAUGCCCGAGACUUCCACCUCAACUUAUUCAAAGUGUUGCCAUGGUUGAAAGAGAGACUUGGCAAAGUUAUGACAUUCAUAGAUUAAGGACAGGAGGAGGCCAUUCUGCCCCUUAAUUGGAUCAUGGUUGGUCUCUACCUUAAUGCCAUCCCUCCACCUCAGUUCCGCAAGCCUCAGUAACCUUACCUCAUGAAAAAUCUAUCAGUCUUAGUUGUUCCAAUCUUGAACUGGGGUGUGUUCCAGAUUUAUCACUACCCCUUGUGUGAUCAAGUGCUUCGUGACAUCUUCCCUGAGGACCUGGCUCUAGUUUUAAACCAAUUGCCCUCAUUUCCUGGACUCAUCCAUUAGUGGGUCUGAGUUCUCUGUUUACCCUGCUGAAUAUUUUAAUCAGUUCAAACAUCUCAAAAAUAUCAGCCCUCAACAUUAUUGACUCAAGCCAAUAAAAAACCUAGUCUCUGCAAUGUCUCCUUGUGUUUGGACCUUUUCAGUCCUGGUAUAAUAUCAUCAGCAGUGGAUCAUUCGAACUACCUUAAUCAAUAAAUAAGACCAUGGUCUCAACUUUACUAACCUUGUUCCCCUAUGACCCUUAACUCCCUUAUCAAUCAAAAAUAUGACUAGCCUGACCUCAAACAGAUUCAAUGAUCUACCUGCUCUGGGGUAGAGAAUUCCAAAUGCCGCAGACCCACCGAGAGGGGAAAUUCCUCCGUACCUCCGUCCAAAAUGCUCUGCUCCUUCUUAGUUUGGAACUCUGCCCCCGGAUCCACCAGGUGAAACAUCCUCUCAGCAUCUACCCUGCAAACCCCCUUCAGAAUCAUUUAUGUUUUAAUUAGAUCACUUCUUAUUUUUCGAAAUGCCAAUGAGUAUUGGUUCAACCUGCUCAACGUUUUCUUAUGAGAUAUCCCCUUUAUCCCAGGGAUCAAGCCCAGUGAACUAGUACUGAACUGCUUCCAAUGCAGUAAUUAAGGAGAUAAAUUUUAUACACUGUCUUCUAGAUGAAAUGUCACCAUUAUCUUGCACAGUUGUAGCAAGACUUCCCAACAUUUAUAUGUUAUAUUCUUGCAAUAAGAGUCAAAAUUUCCUUUGC